AUGGCAGAUAAUUUAAGCAACGUUUCUGCUGUAGAAAUCGACCCCGAAGGAGUGUUUAAAUACAUUCUUGUGCGGGUGAAAGCUAAAGGGGGUGCUGGUGAAUACAAAGACAUAGUUAGAGGUACUAAGAGUGCUGAAUUCCAUAAUCACAUAUUUGAAAAAAUAAAUCCUGACUUGGAAAAGUUAGGACUUGAAUGUAACUGUCUGGGAGGUGGAAAGAUUGAACACAACAGCAACGAGAAGAAGAUCAGAGUUUUUGGGCUCUCCACAGGUUUCGGCAAGGCUGACCACUCUGUCACUGUUGAGAAGCUGAAGACAGUCUUCACAGACUACAAGAUCACCUGGUCUGAUGAUAAAAAGCAGAUCAGCUUCAUUUAG